AUGGGAGAAGGAAAAUCGUUCCCCCCGGCUUUACCAGAAUUGGAAGAAUAUGAGGUCACGUUCGACGGCCCAGAGGACCCCGAACAUCCAUACAAUUGGAGUCUUUCUGUCAAACUAUACAUCUCCGUCAUUGUCUGCUUCGGAACGUUUGUCGCAUCAUUCGCCAGUGCCAUCUUUGCCCCGGGAACCGUUGACGUCGCUGAAACGUUUGGAGUGAGUUCUGAAGUUGGAAUUCUAGGUACAACACUGUUUGUGCUGGGCUUUGCUUCUGGCCCGUUAGUCUGGGCACCCUCUUCUGAGCUGAUCGGCAGACGAUGGCCAUUGGCUGUAGGCAUGUUUGGCGUGGGGGUGUUUAGCAUUGGAUCUGCGGUUGCGAAAGACAUCCAGACAGCCAUCAUCUGUCGCUUCUUUGCUGGCCUCUUUGGAGCCAGUCAGCUCUCUGUCGUGCCCGCUGUGCUUUCCGACCUGUUUAAUAACAUCCACCGUGGACCAGCUAUUACAGUAUACUCGCUUGCGGUGUUUGUCGGCCCAUUCAGCGGUCCGUUUAUUGGGGGGUUUAUCUCGUCUAGCUAUCUCGGCUGGCGAUGGACGCUCUACAUUCCUGCUUUCAUGGCCUUUGCAAUGACAGUCUCGGAUAUACUAUUCGUCAAGGAAACCUAUGCCCCGUGUCUACUCAUCGCCAAAGCCGAAGCGUUACGACAGCAAACCUCCAACUGGGGCAUUCACGCGAAGCAGGAAAAGGUCAAGAUUGACUUUCAGCAGCUAUUGGAAAAGUACUUUACACGGCCUCUGAGAUUGCUCUUUACCGAGCCGAUUAUCCUCGUUAUAUCGCUCUACAUGUCCUUUAUCUACGGCCUCGUCUACGCUCUCCUCGUCGCAUAUCCGUAUGUCUUUGAGUCGGUGUAUGGAAUGAAUCCCGGAGAGGCCGGUCUCACCUUUAUCGGCCUUAUAAUCGGCCAAGCGUGUGGUUGCGGCUUGGUCCUCUCACAGCAGUCUGCAUAUGUGCGCAAGUUGAUCGAGAAUAAAAAUGUGCCUGUGCCUGAAUGGCGACUUCCUUCGGCUGUUAUCGGUGCUCCAGUCUUUACUGUAGGAGUUUUCUGGUUCAGCUGGACCAGCUACACCAGCAUCCACUGGAUGGUCCCAACUGCGUCAGGCGUUCUCAUCGGCUUUGGCAUUAUAUGCAUUUUCCUCCCGUGCUUCAAUUAUCUAGUCGACUCCUACCUACCUCUAGCAGCAUCCACCGUCGCCGCAAACAUCAUCCUCCGCUCCACCGUGGCAGCCGGAUUCCCACUCUUCGCCAAGCAGAUGUUCAAGAAUCUGGGGGUGCAGUGGGCAGGCACGCUGAUUGGGUGUUUGGCGGCUGUGAUGAUUCCGAUUCCAGUGCUGUUUAUGAAAUAUGGACCGUGGUUGCGGGGGAAGUCGAGGAUUGAGCCAUAG